GCGCUACUGAGCAGACUCAAUCUAGUUAGUUAGCCAUGGCGGCGACAGGAGGAGGGAAAAUCAGAUCAAGAAGAUAUCACAUCGCUUCAAAACCUUACGCCAAAGGCAAACAGCAGCAGCCUGGCCUUAUCAGUCGAGUUACCGAUACAGUGAAGAGCAUCGUACCCUCCUGGCUGCAGAAAUACUUCAAAAAUGAAGUCGUUGAGGGUGAAACGUCUCCAGUUGGUGUGGAGCGGAAUAGCGUGGCUCCUCCCCCCAAUGGCAAUGAUGAGACUCCCCCACUCCCAGAUGGACGAGACUCUCCAGAGCCGAGCACAAGUUACACAGAACCAUCUACAAGCAAAGCAUCACUGAAUUUCCAUGAUGCCCUGUCAAGACCCCCACUCAAUCGAACCCACCUGCACUUUCCUUCUCUGGAUGGCUCCCCCGCACUAGGGGGUGGCACCAGUUCCCUCUUCUCCCAGCCCUCCACAUCCACAGCACCCUUCUCAGGGAGCCAUUUCGCUGUUACCUCCAACUUCUCCCUGGUGAAAGAGAUCAAGGAUACAAGCUCUCAGCACGAGGAUGACAACAUCUCAACCACCAGUGGUUUUUCGUCACGUGCAUCAGACAAAGAUGUUCCCACGUCAAAGACUGUGCCACAGCUCUGGUCUCCAGAGACUGAACGCACCCAUCCUGGAUUGCAGCCGGCUCACUCUGGACUUAAGAGACCAGCCUUCAACUUGUCAGUCUUUGGCACGUCCUCAUCAUCAGUGUUAAACAGUUCAGUACUGAACUCCAGUCAGUUGGGAGACUCGCCGUUCUACCCUGGAAAAACCACAUAUGGAGGAGCUUCUGCAUUAAGAUCAGCUCGUUCACGCCCUGCUACUCCUUACCAGCCUCCAGUUAGGAGACAAAUAAAGGCAAAGCCAGCUGGAUCUCAACCCUGUGGAGUGACCAGUGCCACAGCCAGACGCAUCUUACAGUCUCUGGAGCGCAUGUCCAGUCCUCUUGCUGAUGCGAAGCGAAUUCCUUCUACAGUUUCAUCGCCUUUGUCGACAUCAUUAAAUCACUCAGACCUAGACGUUUCAAAUAUCCAAGCAAAGAGGAAAAGGCUGGAGCCGUCACUCCCACCUGUGCAGAAGUUGGUGGUUCCAGUAGUUUCUGCAGUGUCUGGUAACCGCUCAAUGUCAUUUAGACCAUCCCUCACCCCCGGUGGACUGAACAGAGGAGUUGACAAAACCAACAGAGAGACUCCUGUAAGACAAUCCACCCCAAUUUCAAGUUCAUCUCAACCCCCCCUUCCCAGCAAAAACAGUUUGUCGUACCCCUUGUCCAGCACCCCAACAACCAGCAGCGUUGGUUCAGGAGGGGGCAAAAUGAAAAGGGAGAGGGCCAUCAGACCUUCCUCCAAACGACCUGAGGAUGAGGUGGCUGAAGAACCUGACUUGCCUCCUGCCUCUCUCCCCAGCAAUUUCACUUUGCCCAAAUUUAGUUUCUCUUCUCCUCCCCCUACCUCCUCGCAGAGCUCUGGGACAACACCACUAACAACAGUCUCUGAAGUGCCAGCUGCUCCAUCCACACCACCAUCUGUCCCCUUCACAUUUUCUUCACCUAUCGUCAAGGCAACAGCUGCCAGCCCUCCAUCUUUUUCUCCAUCGUCUGGAUUCACCUUCAGUGCACCUACUAUAAAAACAAGCCUGUCUUACUCUAACGGGAAAAUCGCCCCAGCAGUAGAACCAGUAAAAUCAGCUGUCAUUGAAGAAAAGGAGUUUGAAGGACCCUUCAAGCCUGCGAAGGUCUUAAAACAGGGCAGUGUGUUGGACAUACUUAAGGGACCUGGAUUUGCAUCCCCUAGUCAGAGCGUAGCUGAUAAACCCUUACCGACUGCUUCAUUGACACAGAGUUCAACCUCAGCUCCUCUUUCUGGUUUUGGUGACAAGUUUAAGGCACCUGUAGGCUCAUGGAGCUGUGGCACUUGCCUGGUACAAAACAAGUCAUCAGAUAAAAAAUGCGUAGCUUGUCAAUCAUCACAACCCAACACAGACUCUAAAUCAGACAGUAAACCUGCAGAUGCCACGACGAGCCUCAGUUCCCUCUUUGCCCCUCCGGCUGGUAGCUGGGAUUGUGACACAUGUCUGGUCAGGAACAAACCAGAUGUUGUUAAAUGUGUAGCUUGUGACACGGCCAAACCUGGGACUAGUGUUAAAUCCAGCAUGAAGUUGCCUCCUCUGGCUGAGGUCUCAUCUGGCCUUUCUGCUGCUUCCUUUGCCUCUUCUACAACCACCACCACCACUUCGACAGGGACUGGACUGUUAGGUUUUGGGGACAAAUUUAAGAAGCCAGAGGGAUCUUGGGAUUGCGACGUGUGCAUGGUUCAGAACAAGGCACAGGAUGUGAAAUGUGUAGCCUGUCAGAGUGCUAAACCAGGAGCUGUAGCUGCAGCAGUCCCAACCCCUCCACCUGCAAGCACGCCUGCACCUUUGUUAGGAUUCGGAGACAAAUUCAAGAAACCUGAGGGGAGCUGGGAGUGUGAAGUGUGCUGUGUUCAAAAUAAGGCUGUGGACCAGACAUGUUUGGCCUGCCAGUCAGCAAAACCAGGAGCUAAAAUAGAGUCGAAAGGUUUAAGUUCAUCUUUUGGCAUUCAAUCCAACAGUACAGACUCAAGCUCGUCUGGUUUUAAGUUUGGUACAGGCUCUACGAACUCGACCUCUGCUGGACUGAAAUUUGGGGGCACUUUCUCAGAUUCUUCCUCUUCCUCCUCGGGUGGAUUUAAAUUUGGCUCUUCUGACUCCACCUCAAAUUCGACGGGCUUUAAAUUUGGAGGCUCUUUCUCAGAUGCCACUUCAGGUGGAAUCAAACUCGGUAGCAACUCGUCAGAAACCACAACAAGCACAUCAGGUGGAUUUAAGUUUGGUGGUUCUUUGAUCACAACUCCCGCAUCUGCGAGUGAAGAGAAAAAGACUGAAUCUCAGGAUUCCAAUACAGGAUUUAAAUUCGGAGGUGCUGGUGGAAUCUCAUUUGGCUCUCAAGCUGCUAGCUCUGAAAACUCUACCUUCUCAUUUGGUGCUAAACCUGUAGAGAAGGGAAGCUCCAAUUCAUUGUUUACAUUUUCAGUACCCCAGUCCAAAGUAGAGAAAGAUGAUGCUCCUGCUCCCUCCGAAACUGUUUCGACCACCACAACGUCUUUGGCAGCAAACACGAUCCCUGUUUUUGGCAAACCAUUGGUAGUUGAAUCUAAACCAGCUGCCCCAAAAUUUGGGGAGUCUGCAACAACAGUGCCAACGCAAGUGUCGUCUAGCUUCGCUUUUGGAAAACCAGAAGAGAAAAAGGAUACCUCUGUGCCCUCUGGUGCGCUGUUAUUCAGUGCAGUCAAUGAAGCGGAGAAAUCAACACCAUCAUUGGGCUUUGCUUUUGGCAAGCAAGACCCUCCGAAAGAUCUCCCCAAUCCUUCUUUCACAUUUGGUAAACCUGCCGAAACAACAGCGGAACCUCCAAAGCCAUCAUUUACUUUUGGGCAGAGUAUAGCAGAUAUAUCUGCUCCAAAGCCGACGCUUAACUUCAUGGCCAACUCCUCAAGCACCUCUACUUCCUCCAGCUCCACCCCCAAUCUUUUUGGCACUCCCACUACCACCUCCCUGGCCCCCGCCCCUGCUCCAACCAGUACCUUUUUAUUUGGCCAGAGUUCCUCUUCUGAAGCCACCUCAACAAAACCGUUUUUAUUUGGCCAGCAGCAGCAGGACACCCAACCAGCGGCUCCCACAGCACCUGCUGCCGCACCCGCCCCAGCACAACCUUUCCAGUUCGGCCAGAGUUCAAAUGCUCCUGGUUUCUCAUUUGGUGGUGCCGCUGCUUCCACGCCGGCCUCUGCAGCUCCUGCUCCCUCUGCCAACCCAUCCCCAUUUGUUUUCAGUUCUGCUGCACCUUCUUCUGGCUUUGGCUCCGGACAGACACCCAUCUUCGGACAAGGUGCUCCUGCUUUCGGGUCGGCUGCACCUUCGUUCUCGGCCACAGCUUCCCCAGCCCCUGCAUUCGGAGCCAAACCAAGUUCUACCCCAGUGUUCGGCCAGCAACCCAAUCCUGCACCUACAUUUGGAUCUGCUGCUGCCUCUACAGGCCAAGGAGGGUUCCAGUUUGGAAGCACCAGUGGUUUCGGGGCAUCAGCAAACAGCACCGGUGUGUUUGCCUUUGGGGCUGGAUCAGCAGCUCCAUCAACUCCUGCAGCCACUCCUGCCAUGCCUGCUGUAAAUGCUCCCUCCGGUGGAGGCUUCAACUUCGGCCAGAGCCCCGCAUUUAACAUUGGGUCAACAAAGAGCUUCACGACGACACCGUCUGCGCCGAAUUCAAUUGCUGGACGCAAAAUCAAAACUGCUGUUCGACGCAGGAAGUAAAAGUUGGAAUGGAUUUUUAUGCCUCGGGCAUGGACUGCCUGUUUUUCGACAAACACUGAAGUACUUAGUAUUUUGAGCAUGGCGCUGUGAUUCGCUCAUAGUGCCAGAAAUUUUGUUUUGCUUUGGAGGUCAUUGAUUAACUGAAUGAUGAACACUGGCCUAAACAAAGAACCUAACCAAGACUUCAAGAUGCAAAAUAACGCAUUACAAUCAAGCAAGAACUUUUAAAACAGGAUAGUAAUCAUUUGCAUCAUCUGCAUUGUGUGCAGGAUUUGCUAUUUUCUUUCGUAAGUAAAACAAAGAAACGAGAAUUUAAAGAGUUGCUCUGACGAUAACGUAUCAGCGAGUUGCUAGCGAUUGGUUUACUUAAUAUGGCGAAGACUGAUCUGGUUGCUGAAUCUACAGAGGAGUGUGCUGUAUCUGUGUAUUGAAUGAUUUGUGUGUUUUCCUGUGCACAGGUUGUGUGCGUAUGUGUGGUUUCAGUGUACGUGCCGAAUUGUGUUUGAUGUAAAAAGCGUAGCCUGUGCGCCUGAAUGCUGUCUGUUAUGUGAGAAGCAAAAUGAAUGUGUUUUAAGUAGGUGGGGUUAUGGCGAGGGCCACACCCCUCCACUGCAGAGAUUUGCAGGUAAGGAAGAUAAAGGAAAAGUCUUGAGUUUUUUCCUCUCCUUAGAUCCUCUCUAUAGUUCCAAAUUAGUUCAUGUUCAUCUUGUAUACUACUUUAUUUUCUUAUAUACACCCUCUUUGGUGUCCCUACCAUACCAACCUCUCUUCCUCUAUCUAUCUAUCUUUCUCUCUCUCUCUCUCAAUUCUUUUUUUUGUCCUCUCAUGUUUCAAUUUGCGCUUCUGAAUCAAUUAAUUGGCCUUUGACUAUUAUUAAAAAUAUGUAAAUAGUGACUUUUUUUAAUCUGUGAAGUUUUGUGUGUUAAACCAGCUUUUUUUGUUCAGUGUUCUGUCUUUUAGAAAUUAUUAUGUAAAGCCCUUAAUUCAAAGUUGCCCAAAUCCAUUUUAAAGUAAACUUAAAUGCAAAUUGGGGGUCCUUUGAAGACUAAAUGAUUAUUGGCUUUUCUGAUCCACUUUUGUUUGGACCAAAACCAGUAUUGUAAAAAGUGUUAAGUAUAUAUUUUUCUAUAACUUGUUUAAAUGGACUAGGGUGACUUUGGAUAAUAAGGACAGCUACUUAAUUUUAAAGCCAUGAUAUUAAUAUUGGCUGAGUGAUAAAUAAAACUAUGGGUAAUUACCAUCAAUAAAC